AUGGAUUGGUUAUCUCUUUGUGUCUGUGGCACAAAGCGCAAUUCCAUCGAUAGAAAGAUCAAGAAGGACGGAAAGCGCAAAAAGAAUAAGAAAUCUAAAAAGAAUUCAAAGCAGAAAGGAUCAUGCAAAGAGUUGCCGUUCAUCGUCGACGAGUUUUUGCGCAAAUCGCAGGACGAACAAGCAAAAGAAAUCGCGGAAAAAGACUGGACUAACGGAGAAAUCGUUAAUUACUUCAAUGAUUGCGCGAAAAAUCAAAUCGCUUCAACCGAUCGAAUCGAUCCAUCGGAGGUCAAUGGCUCAUCGUCUUAUCAAAUCAGUGAUGAUCAUGAAAGCUUCGAGAAGGAUUCUCUUAAGGACUCGAAAACAAAUGCGGAAUUUGUUCGAGAACUAUGUGAUAUCGAUUAUUAUGACAAUGCGAUGCUAUAUUCGAGAAAUGCAUCGGCAGAAAAACAAGUCAAGUGCAUCUCGGAUGAGAAAAAUCAUGAUAAAGAGGCGGAUUUGGACGAAUCCAUUCCGAGAUCGGUGGUAUCCCAAGAACCUGAAGAUUCGUCCUGGACGUCGGAAAUCGAAAGUAGACAGGAUGCGGUCCUGGAAUCGAGUUUUGAUAAAAAGUUCGAUGAAAGAGUUUCAUCUAGAAUUAAUUUUUCUGACGAGAAGCAAGAAAAGUCGAAGACGAGAAUCGUUCCAAAGAAAAAAGGGAUCAACAGAAACAUUCUUCCACCGAUCAAAGGAAGAUCUCGCGCUGAAACUUGCAUAGAUAAUGAAGAACUGCAAGCCCUUGAAGAGACGAAUAAAUUUGGUUUUAAGAGAAAUUUAAGAGACGCGGCGUCUCAUGAACGGAAUGAGGUUCAGCGGAAAUUGAACUCGUGCAGUUUCGAGGUUCGGCCGUACGAGGAUGAAGAAGGAGGUAAAAAAGAAAGAGGUGGAAAAACAACGAAGAUUCGGGGCGAGGGAUCCAUGAUACCUAGACUUGCAUCCCCACUGCGACAGAGAAUGAAUUCGAUCAAGAACGACAGCGAUAAAUCAGAGAUCAUGGAAAACGGUCGUGUUCACUCAGCAGUUGUCUCUGGUAUCAAUUUAGAGCAGCGCACCGUAACUGUAGAAUGGUUCGAGAGAGGAGAAACCAAAGGCAAAGAGGUCGAAAUCGAUGCGAUUCUUGCCUUGAAUCGCGAUCUGAAUCAAAAAAUGGGACCACGAAACGAGACUAUAUGUGCGCUGCCGCAAGCAAUGAAGAUAGGACCACGAGACGAUAGUAUGUGUGCGCUGCCGCAGGUGAUGAACAAUCACAUGUUGGCGUCCUCAAAAGCAAGGGAGCCAGACUCCUCGGCUGAGGAGGACGAGGGAGUCGACGAGUCGGAGAACCAAGAGGAGGGCUCCCUCGGACGCCACGGUGGUCACACCACGAGAAACGGCCUCGCAUCCGCAACGCUUCCUCACUCCACCAGGCCGUCUAUUCCAGUGAAAGCUGGUUCGAAUAGGCAAUUGUCACGACCAACGGGUCGACCGACGAACAUAAUGUCGUCGACCACGUCGGUGAACGGUCACGGCGAAUCGGUUUCCGGCCUCACAGGACGCCGGGAACUCGAGAAUAUACCGCCGACACCGACGACAACCGUCACGCAAUGCCUGAUGACUCCAGUGCAGAACAGACAACAAAAACAAGCGCAGCAGCAACAGCAACAACAGCAAUUGCAACAACAAUCCCAGGUAGAGAACGGUCGGGGUAGGCGAUCCAAUGUCGUCAAGGAGGUCGAGCGAUUGAAGAAGAACAGGGAAGAGAGGAGACAACGACAAGCAGAACUUAAGGAGGAAAAGGAAGCGCUAAUGAAUCUGGAUCCAGGCAAUCCAAAUUGGGAAUUCCUUGCCAUGAUAAGAGAAUACCAAAACAGCAUAGAAUUUAGGCCGUUGCGGGAGACUGACGCCGUGGAAGAUCAUCAGAUCACUGUGUGCGUGAGGAAACGUCCACUUAAUAAGAAGGAGCACGUGCGCAAGGAGAUCGACGUGAUCAGCGUGCCCAGCAAGGAUCAGAUGGUAGUGCAUGAGCCAAAGUCUAAAGUAGAUCUCACGAAAUAUCUUGAGAAUCAGAUCUUUAGAUUUGAUUAUGCGUUCGAUGAAACGUGCAACAACGAGAUAGUUUACAAGUAUACGGCUAAACCGCUGGUGCAAACGAUUUUUGAGGGUGGCAUGGCCACGUGCUUCGCGUAUGGUCAGACCGGCAGCGGUAAGACUCAUACAAUGGGAGGUGAUUUUAAUGGCAAAACACAGGAUUGCAAGAAGGGCAUUUACGCUAUGGUUGCCAAAGACGUGUUCAAAUGCCUCAAAUUAGCCAAGUAUCGGCCCCUGAAUCUGGUCAUUUCCGCUAGCUUCUUUGAAAUCUACUCUGGCAAAGUGUUCGAUCUUUUGGCGGACAAAGAGAAAUUGAGAGUUCUGGAGGAUGGCAAACAACAGGUGCAAAUAGUCGGACUGACGGAGAAGGUUGUAGAAACUUGCGACGAAGUAUUAAAGUUAAUACAACACGGAAACAGCGCCAGAACGAGCGGUCAGACGAGCGCUAAUUCUAAUUCUUCGAGAUCACACGCGGUAUUCCAAAUAAUAGCGCGUAUCCCGGGCACACAUAAGGUGCACGGAAAGUUCUCACUCAUCGAUCUUGCUGGUAAUGAAAGGGGUGCUGAUACAUCGUCUGCUAAUAGGCAAACUCGAAUGGAAGGUGCAGAGAUCAAUAAAUCUUUAUUAGCGUUAAAAGAAUGUAUACGCGCAUUAAGCCGUAAGGGUACGCAUUUGCCUUUUAGAGCAAGCAAGCUGACACAAGUAUUAAGGGACAGUUUUAUUGGUGAAAAAUCGAAAACUUGCAUGAUAGCGAUGAUUAGUCCCGGAAUGAGUUCCUGCGAGCAUUCCCUAAAUACAUUGAGAUACGCGGAUCGAGUGAAAGAAUUGGCGGCAACUGAUCCUACCGAAAUAAAAGCUUCACCGACUGAUGAUGACCGAGGAAUGAAGAUCGAGGAACAGGGAAACAAUAGUGUAUUGUCGGAUAGCGAUUUAGCGCAGCUUCGAUCUCUCAAUGAAGGUGAACUUUCGCAAGAUUUGUACACUUUCCAUGAGGCAGUAUCAGCUCUGCAAAUGCUCGAAGAAGAAGUAUUGGAUACGCACAAAUUGGUCAUGGAUAAUACGACUAAAUUCCUUAACGACGCGCACAGUGUGUUCAGCGCGACUCAUGAAGUGGAUUAUGACCAAGAAGCAUAUGCCCAAAAGUGGGAGCAGCUGUUAAUACAGCAACGUGACAUUCUGAACGCCGCGCUCGACCAAGUCAGCCAGUUCCGCGGGCAGCUGCUACAGGAGGAACAAAUCAGCCAGAAGAUGACUCGAAUGCGCAACAUCUCAACGCGGUACAAUUAAAAAUGUCACCCCUAGCGAACGCAAAAAAAAAGACACAAAAAGUAAUUAUUUCUCACCGGUGAAAAAAAAGUCCGCUUCUUAUGUGUGUAUCGACUCUUAAUUACAAGCGCGCGCGAAAAGCAGAUAUGCCAUGACACUAGUGCGACAGUCAUAGGAACGCAAAAUGUAACAAAUGUCUUGCCUUCGAAAUUGCUACGAAAUGUACAUCGUCGAGAUAGCAAAGAACUCGACUCGUAAAUCUCAACCUAGCGAUCUUGUAUCAUAUAACGAUUCUUCUCGAAUGAUUCUCCAUUGUAAAAUGAAAGAAUAAGAAAAGAAAAUUCCGCAGGAAGGGAUAUGUAAGCCGAAAUAUGGCAGGCAUAAUAACAAUAGUUGCUUAAGGAUUCACCAGCGAAAAAUUAAUUAUUUGUUUUUACCGCAUUAGAUAUGUUCGUCUCGACAAAAGUCGAAGAACUUUUUUUUAGCCAAGAUUUCUAAUUGGCCUCUUUUAGUUUCGAACCGUAGGAAAUUUUAAGCAAAUCCGGAAUUUUUCGCAAAGGUAACAAACGAAUGCACGUUUAAUUUUGGUUCGGGGAUCAAAAUUUCGUCAGUAUGUAAUUGCAUAUUUAUCGAAAUGAAUUCUUACGUGAUUUACAUAUUUUUUGGGCCGCAAAAGAGACCAAAAUUUUAAGCCGUCAACGACACAUCGAUACUCAAUUGAUUGUACAAUUUGUUCGUCAUUGAGAUGCAACGCACCGCAAAUGAUAAUGCAUAAGUUAUUACGCCGUCAGAUAAACACUCGUUUUUUUUUUUUAGACUGUAGAAUGCUAGGUGUAUUAUUACGAGGGACCCCCAGUGUAUUAUUGGAUAAAGAAAAAAAGCCUUAGUGAACCGAUUUGCCGGGAUAUAUCAUGGCGAUACCUUGUAUACUCAUUUAACACACGCAUACACAAGUGCAUGUAUACACAACUCUUUCAUAAACCAAAUAACGACUGAUUUCGAGAGGAUGAACAAAAAAAAGAAUGUAACUCUUAGCUCUUAAGAAACUAUCCAGCGGCGCUCAUCCGGAUAUUUAAGUUUUUUAGUAUUAAUAUCGUCGACGGCAUCAAACGGUCUUCUUUUUUUCUUACGUUAUUAAAAGUAUGAAAUUAAAAUCUUCAUUUGAUUUAUCAACGCA